AUGGAUUUAAGGUCAACAGUUUUAGUCGUUGGGGGAUCACUGUGUGCCUUCAAGCUGUUUAACAAAAUUGUCAGAUAUUUGCCGACACCUGAGCGAGCAUGCGAGAAGAAGUGGAAGUGGAGGAACACCCUGACGUCUUUGGCUCACAGCUCGCUGACCGGAGCCUGGGCCGUGAUAUGGUACGUAAAAACACACUCAGACAUAGUGAAAACAUUAAGUUUUGGAGUUUCCUUAUUCCUGUGGUUUCUUUUUUUCUGAACAUACAGCUUGUACCACCAACCUCAAAUGUUGGAGGACCUGAUCUCCUCUCAUUCCUUGCUCUCUCACAGCCUUGUAGCUGUGUCAACAGGUGAUAACCCCACGCUAACACAACUUAGAUUUACUCAUGUUCAUUUUCCUGGAAACAGAGAUAAAAUGAAGCCAACCCCUGCAGCAUUAAUCUGAAUAAUGUCUUAGCUGUUUGGAUCUUUAAAGCUUAGACAACAAACACCAUCGGUCUCUGUGUGUACUGGUGUAAAUAUGCUUUACUUAAAGCUCCUGUGAGUAUUUUUUAAAGGUUAUGAAACAACUGAAAUAAUCAGUGAUGCAUCUCUAUAAGGUUAAAAGCAAAUGAGACCAUCGAUGGCAACAUCAGCAGUUUUUAUAUUGUAACUUUUAAGGCCUGUAACUGCUGUGAGGGGGUAGGUACGCUAAAAAUACUGCUUCUUUUACUUUGUCCACAGGGGGCACCAAAAUCAACAAAGAAAGAAAGUUCCUCACAGGAGCUUUAAAAAUUUUCAUGAGCCAUACUACCUUGAGGCAGUGAUAUAAACAUGCAAAUUAAAGCAAUCUUUUUUUUUCUUUACUCUUCAAACAUCUGAUUUAUUAUUCAGAUUAAAUAGCCAACAAUCUGCUUCAUUAAUCUCUAAAGCAUCCUCUACAAUGUUUUUUGACCUGCACAACACACGUCACAUUUUCACACAACCUUUUAUGUGGAUAUGUCACCUAGUAAUUGAAUUUGGAAAUUUUUUAAUUGAGCUACGUUAAAGGUGGGGACUCAAAGUUUAUAGUGAAAAGGUUCACAAGUUCUCUCUCUCUUUUUCUGUGUGUGUGAUUUCUGCUUAUGUAACACUUCUGCUCUCUUUGUACUGCAGGUUAUUUUAUCCAUGAUUUCUUGGAUGUGGGCUUCAACCUUCCACUAAAACAGACAUGGGAGGUGCUUCUCCACCACUCCACAGUAAUAAGCUUCACUCUGAGUUUAUGUUUGUCUGUCCGUCCAACUGUCUGUCUGUUUAGUCAGCUGACAAAGAGGGAAAAACAGUAUUAUACUGCAUUUAUUUGUCUAUGUAUGUAUAAAAGUAGUACAUCGCUGCUGAGUUACAUCAUAGGAAACAUACACUCAAAUUCCUCUGUUACAAUCAUCUCACAAAAUUGUUACUGGUAUUUUAACUUCCAGUCUUGA